AUGAAGAAACGUUCGCCGUCGACGCCGAAGCUCAAAGCUGCGUGGACUUGGAUCCCCAUAAAACCCUCCGCUCCGCUGCCGCAGCAACACGUCCCAUCCCACAACCAACCUCAAACCCUGUUCGCCCUCCAAAUUUCUCCCAAACUGCCUCCUCCACGAACAAGGGUCAAGGUCCUCGGCCUGACCUCAUCCGUCAAACGAGUAGCUCAUAUGGUGUUCAAACGAGACCACAGCACCGUCGCCGCCAACGGCGAUUCGCCCAAUCUUCUCUCCGAGGACUCGGAUCCCAAGAAGCUGCGAGCUUCGUCGCCACCAAUAGUUCAGAUACCUAGUCCGCCAGCUGGAUCGUCGUCGCCGGCGUCAAAUGAGGAUGGUGGCGGUAGUACUAGUGGGGCAGCAGCAACAGCAGCUUCAGAGCUGCCGGAUUUCUUGCUGCAAGAUCCAAUUAGCUUAACCCAGAAAUUCAAAGCUUUAGACGUAAGACAGCGGGAACGAUUCGGUGAUAGCCAAAAUGAGGACUCGGAUUUCUACAUCAGCGAAGAUGCACAGGUUGUCUCUAGAAAUCGAUAUGCAAAUAUCCACGUUUGGAGUUCGACUAGAGUCAAGCUAGGCAUUGACGCUGCCGAUAACGAUUAUAUCAAUGCCUCCCAUAUCGCCGUUGAGAGUGAGCAGACUGGCCCGAAACAAUAUAUCGCAACACAGGGACCAAAACAAGAUCAAGCCCGACACCUCUGGCUCAUGGCCCUUGAGCAAACCGCUGGACCAGGAGUAAUUGUCAUGCUUACCAAAACUUUUGAGAUGGGCCGAGAAAAAUGUUACUCCUACUUCCCACAGGAUAUGCAGGACAGUUGGCGCCGUUUCGAUCGCCCAGAACCUGGCACCGUCGACCCAUUCAAUUUUGAAUUGAACCUUUUGGAAUAUAAGUACGACGAGGAAGCUAGGACAGAAAUUCGAAAAAUUGAAAUCAAGGUCCUGCAGGGAACACAUACCGCUGCGCCCGAUGCGUCAGGGUAUGCCAAGGAACUCGGACCGGGAGACACAAAGAUCGUAUGGCAUCUUCUAUUCAAGGGAUGGCCUGAUUGGAAUGUUCCAGAGGGAGAUGAUUCCGAUGCUUUACUCAAGCUCGUUGAAUUGGCGAAUGAGAAGAACGAAGUCCCGGAGUCACCUCUAAUCGUCCAUUGUUCAGCCGGUGUCGGACGUUCAGGCACUUUUAUAGCCUUAGACCACAUGCUUCCCGAAAUCAACCAUGGGACCUACGAUUCAGUUGAAGGAGAAACAGACCCAAUCUUCGACUUGGUAGACAAAUUAAGAGUCCAGAGGAUGUACAUGGUACAAUCGGAAUCGCAAUUCGAGUAUCUAUACAGAAUCGUAAGGGAAAAGAUGGAAGAAAGACACGGGGUCCCUCCCGAAAACAGAUUUCUAUGCCUUCCAACAGCACCGUCAUCGAGCAGCCGGAGUAUUGCUCAACGAAGGGCAAGCAAAGCUUACAAGAAGGUUAAAGACAUGGAGUUGGCUAUGGUUCAAGAGAGUAGCAUUGAGAAUGAGGCGAUGGGUUCGGGUAAAUCCCUUAGAAGGAACAGAGACAAGGAUAUCUCUCACAAGGAAAAUGAGGAUAAGACUAAAAAGAGGAGAAAGAAUGAAGAGAACAGAACUUUGUUUGCUAGUCGCAGCCCUGGGCGACACCUUACGGGCAUGGGAGCGCAACCCUCCUCCAAGGGGAAACCGGAUCUCACCGCUCGAGAGGAGGAUGAAUUGGCUAUGAGGAUGUGGAUUAUGGAUCUCAGGAAGAAGAACUCGAGGGUCUCAAACAUCACCGGGAAUUAA